AUGAGAAAUCAUUAAAUAAGCGAAUAUCAGAUAACGUAAAAAAACUACCCUGAGAAACGAAAUAUACAGCUUUAAGGCCCAUAUUCUGAUAGAUACCAGUAGCCAUACUUCGUUGACACAAGCAAACACAGUACCCACACCUAAUUACCUUCUUCCUCUAAGGGAUUUGACAAUUAAUACAGCAAUUUUCCAUUCUAACACUAGCAGUAGCCACAUCAAUAACCACUAUCUACUCAAAAUGCCAAUGAUUCUACCUAAAAGUGCAUUGAUUUAUCUCUGGUCAAUCUGACGAACUAAAAAUAUAAUGCCAGUCAAAGCAGCUAUUCACAGGCUAUGGAUCAUAGCCCUGCAAGUUAUUAAUUUGGGCCAACAGGAACAUUGAAAAACCAUGGGGCUUAGGGUAAUUCUACUAAAACUUAGCAUUAUUACUUUGGAGGGACUCUUAAUGAUAAUUAAACCUCUGGUAGCUAGUUAGAUAACACCAAUUCAGAUUUAAAGUGGCUGAUGACAAAAUAAUCUCCUCUUUACAACAAUUACUCAAGCGGAACUAAUACUAAAGACUACACAACUGCUAAUGUUUAUAGUAAUAUCGUUGUCAGACAGUAAAACUUUAUUACUGACAAGAAUCAAUAAUCGUAGUUUGAGUAAUUGAACUAAAAGCAUUUAUUAGAAAAUUAAAAUAAACACCAACAGAAAUAAACUACCAGGCAUUAAUACAAUAGUGUUAAUGGAAGAGAACCAAAAUAGUAGAUGUCAUUGUCACUGCAUAAUACAUCCACUAUCAAUGAAAAGGCUUAUCAAACACAGCAUUAAUAGUCAGUAAAACUCCCUUAUCCUUAGAUGAAAGAGUAUCAGAGCAACUCAACGCUGCCAAGUAAUUCUAUAGGGUAUCAAAAUACUCCUCCUUCUUAGCAAGUAGUAAACAAUCCCUUUAAAGCUGGGAUCUAAGAGACUUGCAACUCGAACAAUAAAACGACUAAAGUCUUUAACUUUUAAAACGAUGACUUUCUUUAGUAGAAUAAUCAAAGCAAGUACUAAACUACAGUAAAAUCUAGGAAUGCCAAGGAAGUGAGUGUGAGCAAUCAAAUUAACAAUACCUAUGUUUCUACAAAGGAUUGCGAAUAUGAGAACAGCAUUAAUGAUUUUUAAGCCAUAAAUAAAACAAUCUUGCUGAUUCAAACUCUAUGCUAAACUUAUACCAAAGAUAAGGUAUUUGCUUCAAGCAUUUAAAAAUUAGUUUUAGAGCUUAGAGAUGAAAUAUCUGUAUCAUCUCAAAAAUAAAAGAGAGUGAGUCUUGAUGAAUAGAAAUUGCAAACUCAAAACACGCAUAAUCUGAUACAGAAGAUAGAUGCUCUAGAUGAGAAAAGGAAAUUUUAUAAAUAAAUGGCUAAAUAGAUGAAAAUUGAUAUUAAAAAUCUUAGAAUUAUAAAUCAUUCUUAUCAACUAAAGCUGAAAGAGAAAGAUCAAAGUAUAGUAAAAGUAUAAUCGAGAAUAAAUGAGCUGGAAUAAGAGAUUAAUGAAAUUUGUAAAAAUUAGCUAGAUUCAAAUAGGAAUUUGAUAUUGUAAACAUUCCAAAGGUAGCAAAGCUUUGAUGUCAACAAUAUGAUGUUUAAAGAUCUAGUUAAUGAAUGCAAUAAAUAUAUGUCUGAAAACACGAGCAUGACUGAUGUAAAUAUUUCCUAGUAUGUUGAUAUGAGUUUGCUGAAAAAUACUAUAGACAUGAUUCAUCAGAACUAGUUGUCUUUGAAGGUCUACAGAAAAUACUUCUCUUUCAAUGACUCUUUCAACAUUACUAAUUUCAAUCAGAUACUCUUUAUGAUUUAAGAAUUAGUUCAUGAACUUUAAGAAUUAUUUAACUCUUCCCCAACAACAUAAAAAUUCUAAACUCCUAGAUCUACAUCUAACAAGAUCACUCUAAGGAAAAUCUAAAAUUAAAGCAUUGAAAAUCAAGAUAAUCAUAACAGUAAGGAGUAAGUCACUAUGGAAAGUAUUAAAGAGAUGAAAGAAAAAUUGCUCAAAGAAAUUACGGAUUAGCUAGAUGCUAAAGUUUAGCAAAGAAUCAAAUAAACUCUUGAUCAAUCUUCGAAUUUAUCUGAGCAAAAUACUCUUAGCAAGUCUUAGUUUAUUUCUCAAAUAACUAGAGAUGAGAUUCAAAGAGAAAUACUUGCUAUCAUGAAAGAAUAGAAUUUAAUUUAAGAAGUUAUCCCAGAUUCAAGCAUUGCUUCCCCCUCAAGAAAUCUAGAUACAGUUAAAAAGCAAAAUGUGAGCGUAGGAGGUGGUAAAGGAUCUUUUGUGAGGCAAUGUUUAACAUAGAACUAAUCUCAUGGUCAAAGUCACAACAAUAACACCCAAAAGAUUUUAACUAGUAGUUCUUAAAAAUCAGUUGUUAAUGUAGGAAAUAGUAAUCAAAACACAAACAAAAAUAGUAUAGUAAUAAGAGAAUGUGAAAGUGUCAGUAGUCUUACAAGUCCAAACAAGAAAUUAUCAGUGACAUCAAGUGCAAGCAGACCUGCUAUAAGACCUAAAGGAUUUAAAUCUAGCUCUUCAAAUAAGUGCUUGAUCAACAAAGGAACUGAUACCAAUCUGGAUAAAGCUCCCGAUAUUUCAAUUCAAUUGCAAAGAGAUUAAAAGAGGAAAAAUUCAUUUAUUAUGGGAUGUGAUGGUGAUGCUGCGAUUAUCUUUAGACAAACCCCUUCAGAUGAAGAACUUAUUAGACCUCAAGAUAUUCGGACAAAGCCAAACACAUCAAAGCACUACGAUACUCCAUAAAAAGAGGAACUUAACUAGAAGCUAUCUAUUGCAGAAAAAUAACUAUCUUAAAAAAAUUCAAAAUAAAAUUCAGGGAUAGCAUAGAAAUAAAUCGGGAGAAAUCAGUAAAAUAGCUUAAGAAUACCUGAAAAUAAUGUGCAGCAUUAAGUUUAUUAAUAGUAGCAGAGGUAAUCAGAUGCAAUUUUUACCACUGAAGAGGAUGAAAACUUGCUGAGUGACAUUGAUCUGUAAAAGGGAAGUAACCUACUUUAAAGUGUAAAGACUGCUAGUUUUAAUAACACUGAUUUCCUUAGUGGAGCUGAGGAUCGAAGGUCAUCUAGACUUAAUAAUUAAUUACAGCAUACAUUGAGACAAGAAAGUAUGAGAUCAGAAUAAUAGAAUAAUUCUAUUUUAUUGCAAGCCUAUUUAGAUUAAAAUUAGGAUAGUUAGCUUAUUUCAUCUAGCAGACUCUCCCACCAAAAUAUUACGCCUUAAAAUUAAAAGUCAUAAAGCUACAACCGAUUCGGAUUUAAAGCUAGAUAGCAGCCAUCAUCUACAAGUAAGAACAAUAGGAUAUGA